AUGGCUGAAGAAGUAGUGACUCCUCAAGUUGUUAACGAUCUGGUAGACUACAACAAUGUCGGGCAAGUUGUGAAAGAGUUGUUUUGUGGCACCGUAGGUGGAUUUGCCCAAGUGUUGGUCGGACAGCCCUUCGACAUGACAAAAGUGAGAAUGCAAACUUCUACGGUUCCUGCCAGCGCUACUGACGUGAUAAAAAGACUGGUGAAAAACGAGGGUAUUCUAGCUUUUUACAAGGGAACGCUCGUGCCGCUUGUAGGAGUUGGGGCAUGCGUAUCGUGCCAGUUUGGUGUUAACGAAACAAUGAAAAGGUUUUUCCGCUGGAAGGACAAUAACAAACAUGGUGCUCUGACACGAGGGCAGUACUACAUGAGCGGGUUCGUCAGCGGUACUGCAAACGCACUUCUCGCCACGCCUAUAGAGCAUGUGCGCAUUCGCUUGCAACUGCAAAGAGGCCCUAAAACGACGGCAGAAUACCAGGGCUCUUGGGAUUGUGCCAAGAAGCUUUUACAGAAGGGCGCCCUGAUGCGUGGCUUAACGGCUACAACACUGAGAACAUCUCACGGAUUUGGGAUUUACUUCUUCACCUACGAGGGUUUACUGGCAAGAGAGGCACGCCGCGGGGUGCUCCGACAAGACGUGCCAGCUUGGAAGGUGUCGUUGUUUGGUGCUCUGGCCGGGGCCUGUUUCUGGGCCACAACGUACCCGUUUGACGUAGUGAAGUCCAUCAUUCAGGCGGACAACCUGAUUGGACCACGGUAUAAAGGUUCCGUGUUCGAAGUUGCCAAAACUGUCUACCGCGAACGUGGAGCCCGUGUAUUUGUUUCAGGGUUCAUGCCCACCAUGCUGCGGUCACUGCCAGUGAAUGGUGCUACCUUUGCAGCUUUCGAGACUGCAAUGCGUUUGGUGAAAUGA